UGUUCCAUGGCCUGUAAGAGACAGUCCUCUUCCUUGAUAAAUACAGGCCCGAUCUAGAUCAAAUUCUCGCCUGACAUUCCAGGCUACGUUCGAAACCUGCCAACAACAUCGGAUUUAAGUUUAUUUUUGAAAAUGAACCAUCUGCGUCAUAUAUUAGGACUAGCCUUGAUACUAUACGUUCUCAUAUCAACAGUUAUCAGCCAGAAGGCUCCUCCGACGACCCAGCCGUUCUCGUCCAAGUCGUUAAAGUGUCUGGUUUGCCAAGCUAUGGUGGAAGAAUUCAUGGUGGCCAUUGGCCAAAUGGAUCCGCAGAAGAAGGUGGAGGUGGGCGGAUUUCGAUUGGGUUCGGAUGGAACCACCGACCGAAAAGUGGUUCCCUAUCUGAGAUCGGAGGGUCAUCUAGCUGAAAUCAUGGAAACAUUGUGUGAGCAAUUCGAGGAUUACGCGCAAGCCCAAACCAAGGGCACGGGCCGACCCACGCUGAUCAGGAUUACCCAUCGCGAUGGAGGCAUGAACCCGCAUUUCGGGGCGGGGGUCGACAUCGUGCCGGACGAGGAUCUGAAUACUCGGCUCAAGUUUUACGUGAGACCCAUUGGACAGUCUGCAGGGUGGACUGACCAUAAAGACAAGGCAAAAGGUCAAGAGAUUCCAACAACACAAAUGACAUUUUCCCGGUCUUUUCAGUGUGAAAGCGUCUUGGAGGAGGAAGAAGAGCAUUUCCAAGAUGUCAUGGCCCAACCUCAGGUUGAGCUAUGGCACGCCAUUCAAAUCUUGUGCCAAGAGCGCUCGCACCUUUGCGGCAUCAACGAUAUUCACCCGCCCCGGACGCACCCCGAAUUGUAACGCUUGGGAUUUUUGGAGGCUUAAUAAAGUUUCAAAUGUCCCGUGA